AUGCAGAAGCUUGAUCUAGUUAGGGAGAAUCUAUACCUAGGCGAUAUAUGCGCAGCUGCUGAGAUUCUCAAGAAUGGUAGCGCUGAGAUUUCACACCUUCUUACAGUGUUUCACUGCCCUUCUAUAUCUGUCUUUGAGGAAUGGCGCAACGUGAAACUAGACUCAAAACAAAUCAAGGAAAUGUAUGUUGGUGAUGAUGAUCAAGAUGACUCAUUACAAGGCAAAGAGUUUGCGACAGAGAGUGCUUUGCCAUCAGGCAAUCUUUUAUAUUCUCUUGAGCAUACUGGUAAAGAUCUCAAGUUUACAAGAAUGGUUGUGUUUGCUUACGAUCAAGAGUGGGAGAAUCUGCUUGAUUUAUUCGAUAUUUGUUUGGAUUUUAUCGAUGCUGGUCGAAAAGAGAAAGGUGUUUUAGUUCAUUGCUUUGCUGGACAAUCUCGGAGUGCUUCUAUGGUCAUUGCGUAUCUGAUGAGGACCGAAAAGCUUUCUCGGGAAGAAGCUUUAGCGUCAUUGAGACAAUCUGCUCAGGCUAGUCCAAAUCUUGGCUUCUUAAAACAGUUAGAUUUGUUUGAGAGAAUGAACUUCAAAGUCGACCGUUCCAGCGCUAUUUACAAGUACUUCCGUCUAAAAGCUUUAGGUUACUUAUAUAGCAAGGAUAAGAAAUUUGACAGAUUAAAGUUGCGAGCUGAUCCGGAUGUGUCGAAUGAUGAGAGUAGUGGUGGUAGUACGUAUCAUUGUAAGAAAUGCAGGAGGAUUUUGUUGUUUCAGGAGCACGUUAUUGAUCAUACUCCAGGUGAGGCUGACUCAGAGUUCGAUGACAUGUUCAAAAACAUGAUUGGAGAUGUUCACAACAAGAAUCCUGGUGAUCAGAACCAAUGUACUUCCAUAUUCGUAGAGCCUAUCAAUUGGAUGAACACAGUGGAAGAUGUUGUGUCGGAAGGGAAGUUGUUGUGCCCUACGUGUAAAGCUAAGGUUGGAAGCUUUGACUGGUCGGGAAGUUAUUGUAGCUGUGGAAGCAAGAUUGUUCCGGCGUUUCAACUUCAGAUGGGCCGCGUCGAUGUUAUCACUGUGAAAGAUGACGUGAAGAAAAGGAAGAAGAAUAAGCAUGAUAAGAAAAUAAUCUAA